UUUAUAUGUGUGUCAUGCCAAACAUUUGGUUACAAUACUCAAAAUGUAUAACAUGCAUCUUCAAAAAGACACAUUAUCCUAAAUGCACUCCUAUAUACUUUCAAAUAAUCACAGUCAGGUUUAUUGCUAAGCAGGUUUGCACAUACAAGUUAUUUGCCCUGACAUUGUAGGUGCAUAACAACCCACAUAUACAAGUUAAGAGAGAAAACAAGUAUCCCAAGUCAAUUAAUCAUAAAUAAUAUAAAAUAGCACAAGUUAAAUAUGUAGUAUAUAUUCCAAACUGAAAAGGCAUGUUAGAGUUUAAAAUGAAGAGAAAUGAAUGUGAUAUAGCUUAUUAAUGGCUGAAUGUCUCAUAAAUUGUCGACAUAACAGUGUCUAUAAAUGUAGUAACCCUCCUUAUAAUAUUAUGCAGUCCAAAAACAACACACACUAUGACAGUGUAAAGAAAAUAUUUAUGAGGUCGUAUAUAUUUCAGGGUGGGCAGUACAUUGAUUUAUAAUUCUUCUUUUUAAAUGCUGAAACAGUUCAAGAUUUAAGUUUAGUCAUUUUUUUGUGUACUUGCAUAUGCAUACACAAAAAAUGAAAAUGAAAUGCUGUUUUUCUCCUUAAACAACAGCAGUGCUACAACAAUGGAGGAGAUAAAGAUAUAUAUCUGAAAAAUCCCUUUAAAAGUGAUUAAAACCUGUGAAUCCCAAACUAACAAACAAAACAAGGAAACAACAAUUAGCAGCAGAAGCAAGCAGCAGAUUCAGUUGAUCAAUCAGUUAUUCAACAGGCAAUAAUCACCACUGGUUUUUGAUAAUCAAGCAAACAUUUAAAGAAAUUAUAAAGUAAAAAUCCCAAAUAUUCCAACUUCCAACUUCUCAGAGUUGAAUAUGUUUGGGUUUUAAAACAAGUCAUUUAAAGAUGUUAUCGUGUUGGAUUCUGUGAAAGUUAAUAAACAGAUUAAUCACAAAUGGGGUUUUUUUAAAAAUCAUUAGUUGCGGCUCAGUUUCUGUUUAUAUUUUAUUAUUAUAUAAGAGUGAUGAGCUGUCCAUGUUGGAAACACGAGCCCCGCCAGAUGAAACGCUGCACUACAUUUGAGUCUUUUUAUAGGUUUGUGUCCCAUGAUCCCCCCUUCUUCAUGUAUUGGGGAGGGUGGGGUUGUUGGUGUUGAAUGAUGGAGGAGGGGGUCGGGGUCGGGGUGGUUGUCAGUUGUAACUCAACACCAAUGUCUCUAUAUGACUGACCAAUGCUGCGUCGUGACUUAUUUAGCCCGGCUAUCGACUAGGAUCUACCGGACAGGACUGAAGAUGGUGUCAGUGUUUUCCCGCUGUUGCUUUGGAGCUCGGGCAGAUUUCGGUGAGGGUUGCGAGGCUGACACUCAGAGCGCAGGUCAUUUUUCAGGGGGCCGUGACAAAGCUGUGCUGCAGUUAGUUGUUAGUUGAGAGCUCAAAAAGACAGUCGUGUAACGCUAGCUCGAGUCUGGCCUUAUGAAUGACCUGAACACCGGCGAGCAAAUCGGAUUGUUUGAGAGUGUGUGAAGCAGGUCGACGGCGUAGAGGAGAGGCCCCACCGGUACUUUUUGAGUAUCUGAUCUCGUGAGGAGGGGGGGGGGUCAACUAAACAGAGGAUUCACCUUAUUGUUGAUGAUGAUGAUGAUGAACUGCCAGUCGUCUGCGCCCAAACAACAGCCGGCGGCGGUCAACCAGGCCCCCGCCGCCAGAAGAUCAAGAGUCAGUGUGAAGAAAUCGACUCCAAGUUCUUGGGCAGAGGAGACCCGGGGGAGGAGAAGUACGGGUGGACACAAGCGCUCAGCAUCGUGGGGCAGCGCAGAGCACCUGAGGGAGGUGGCCAAGCUGAGGCAACAGCUGCAGAAGCGCUCCCGCCAUGCACCCCCCUCUGCAGGAUACGAGCUCCCCCACCACCCUUUGCCAGCAGGUCAAGCAGCAGGCAUCACUCAGACGAUGCCGCUCAUGCCACUGAACAGACUCGCCACGCGGCUGAGACGUAGCGUUGAAGGCCUCAACUUGGAGCUGGAGGAGGCGUUUGUGUCCGAGAAGCCUGAAGAUCACAAUGAGAUUUUGGAUAUCCCUGAUGGCCACAGGGCUCCUGUCCCUGCCCAGAGAUGCAGCAGCGGCUCCCAGAGCGAGCCCUCGCCGGGGCCCCUGGAUCCUUCCCUCCUCUCUCCUUCUCAGUCGCCCUGUCCUCUAGAUCCGACGCUCCUGUCGCCUUCGAAUUCCCCGUGUCCCUUGAACGCAUCUCUAUUGUCUCCAUCACAGUCUCCCUGUCCCAUGGGAGAGCCAGAACCAGAGGACUGUGAGAUCCUGUGUCCGUCUCCGUCGACAUUAUUUCCUUCAUUGGCACUGGAUCCUCCUCUGCUGCAGGCCUGCUCCACUUCUCCUCGUCCCAAUAAAACCUACGCCUUCCAGCGCGAGCCGCCAGAAGGCUGCGAGCGAGUCAGAGUGUGCGAGGAAGCAGGAUCUGCCUGCCAGGAUGAGCCUCUCCUCCAGCCAUCCUGCCCUGACCCCAACAAAGUCAACUUCACCCCCCACGGAGGCUCCGCUUUCUGCCCUGUCAGUCUCCUGAAGCCCCUCCUGCCCUCCAUGGACCUCCUCUUCCGUGGCCUGUCGGUCUCUCCCGUCACCGGCUGCCCGGGUCAAGCUUCUCCCACCAGGCACCUUGGCAUGCAGUAGAUGGUGAACAUCUGAGCAGAGCCUCUCAGGACACACUGCACUGCCCCGUGGUUGUGGGGAGGGGGCGUCGUUCGUACCUGGAGAAACUGGAUUUGCUUUGAACGCAGGCUUGCCGACGGAUACUUGUGGUCACCUGCCUCAUCACUGCUGUAACACGCCACGAUCACUGUGCUCCAAAUGAGAAACUGACUGUAAGCAGUUGUCACCGUCAUAUUUUAGACUGACUUUGGCCUAAAAAUCUGGCUGCUUUUACUGAUUAUUUCUACCUGCAGGAUAAAUAAUGAAUAUUGUUUUUCUUGUGCAUCAGCUGCCUGGACAAAGACUGCAGUCUGCUGUUUUCUAAAUGUCAAAACAAGUGAAUUUUGAGUGAGAAACCUCGAGCACUUAGAACAUGAGAACAGUGACUUUCUCACUCUCCUUUACAAUUGAUAUCCUAGUGAAGCUUUGCCAGCUUUAGAUCAACUUUAAGCUCUAUUUGAGAGAAGUACUUGAUGGGUUUUGUUUCUAAAAAUGUCAUAAUCUGUUGAUUGUGGGGAAAAUAUAUUAUAUAUAUAUAUAUUUUCUCACUAGGCCUGUAGUUUACGAUGGGCUACUUUUCUACAGAUGUAUUUCUAGGAAGAUAUAUAUUUUUGUAUCUUUGUAAAGAGCGAGGAUGCUUGUGAUUCUGUUUUUCUAUUCACAGAAGAAGAAGAAAAAAAUCAGCCCAUCUUUCUGUUUAAACUUUGGUGGUUUGAUGUUAUAAGCAGGAGUGGAUGUUUUAUUAGCUUUACGUGCCUACACUGGGCAUCUUUCUAACCAAACGUUGCAUAAUUUGUCCACACUUAACAAUUUUGAGCGAUUCAAACUGAAUUUGUGUUCAAUCUGCGUCCAUUUGGCUGCUGUGGCUCCGGUCAUAAGUGUUAAUGUUUCAAGUGUUUAACUUUGAUAUGGCAGAAGUUGAUUUCUCUCUGCUUGAAUUAUUGUUCAUAAAGAUCAAACACUGUCUUUGUCGACGUGAUCCUAUGGAAUAAAAAAAUGAUGACCAACAGUGAAGAUUUCAUCGCAUAAGAAAAUCCUAAUGAACGAUUUGAUAUUUGUCAGAUCUGUUCUCUCAGACAUGAUCAUGCAGCCUCUUCUUUUUUUGGUUUACAGUUUAAAAUAUUAAGUGUGUCAUUGCUAUUAUGAAGAACAUAAAAUCCCCAAAUGUU